UACGAACAUUCAACAAGUAUGUAACAUACCUUGGCGUAGCAAGUGCUUUUUUUCUGAACGCCUCACGCUCCCGCAACAGAGCAGGAUCCAUAUUUAUUUGAUAAUAAACUGAUAACGAUAAAGAUGUGGCUACAUCAAUUCUUCUACAACGUCAUAUUUUUGUUAAUUAUUUUACAGUGUGCAAGCACAGACGAUCAGCUGUCACCAUGGAAGUGGGUGUGCGAGGAUGGCAAGUGCGUGAAGACCAAGAACGACCCUCAGAGCAAGGAGCCAGUGCUGUGCUUGGAGGCCUGCAAAAUGUUCUGUAAUGAUAAUGGACUUCUAUGGCCAAAACCAACUGGAAAAGUGGAGUUGGGAAACUUUUUAUCCAAAAUAAACAUACAUAAUAUAAAAGUGGAGAUAGACAGACAUGGAAGGUCUGACGAUUUGAUGGACGCCGCAGGACGGAGGUUCCAAAACCUGGUGUCCAUUAGUAUACCAUCAGGGAUGACUCCGAAGGCAUCUGGAAAAUCUGUUACUGUUUAUCUUGUUAAUGAAAAUCCUGAUAUGAAGGAAUUUUCUCUGGACAUGGAUGAGAGUUACACCAUCCGUGCUGAUGCGGUAUCCAAUGAUAAGAUAAACGCAACCAUCACUGGUAACAACUUCUUCGGAGUUAGGAAUGGACUGGAAACUCUAUCCCAAUUGUUCCUGUUUGACGAUAUUAGGAACCAUCUUGUGAUGGUCCGUGAUAUUUACAUAACGGACAAGCCAGUGUAUCCCUACAGAGGUAUUCUUUUGGAUACUGCGAGGAAUUACUUUACUGUGGACUCUAUUAAGGCUACUAUCGACGCAAUGGCAGCUGUAAAACUGAAUACCUUCCACUGGCACAUAACAGACAGUCAAAGUUUCCCCUUUGUAUCUCAGAGGAGACCGAACUUGACUAGAUAUGGCGCUUAUAGCCCCAGCAAGGUAUACACUCGCGACGCAAUGGAGGAAGUAGUACAGUUCGGUUUGGAGCGCGGUGUGCGCGUGUUGCCUGAGUUCGAUGCGCCUGCGCAUGUGGGAGAGGGAUGGCAGGAUACUGGCCUCACUGUGUGCUUUAAGGCUGAGCCCUGGGCAUCCAUCUGUGUGGAGCCACCUUGCGGUCAACUGAACCCUGUUCGAGAGGAACUAUAUGAAGUGCUCGGUGAUAUCUAUGCGGAUAUGGCUGACGUAUUCAACCCGGAUCUGUUCCACAUGGGCGGUGACGAAGUGAGCGAGAGAUGCUGGAACACAUCGCAGGAGAUCCAGCAGUUCAUGGUGCAGAACCGCUGGGACCUGGACAAGACCUCCUUCCUCAAGCUCUGGAAUUAUUUCCAGACGAAGGCGCAGGAUAAGGCUUAUAAGGCUUUCGGCAAGCGCCUACCACUCAUCUUAUGGACAAGCACGCUCACAGACUACACGCACAUAGACAACUUCCUCAACAAGGACGACUAUAUCAUUCAGGUGUGGACCACAGGCGUGGACCCUCAGAUCAAGGGUCUCCUCGGCAAGGGAUACAGACUCAUCAUGUCCAACUAUGAUGCACUAUAUCUAGAUUGUGGGUACGGAGCCUGGGUUGGGUCUGGUAACAACUGGUGUUCUCCAUACAUCGGCUGGCAGAAGGUUUAUGACAAUAGUCCUAAAGAAAUGGCCGCUCAGUAUCACGAUCAAAUCCUUGGCGGUGAAGCAGCUCUAUGGUCGGAGCAAGCGGACACAUCAACGCUGGACGCGCGUCUGUGGCCGCGCGCCGCAGCGCUCGCCGAGAGACUGUGGGCCGAGCCUAGCGACGGGUGGGCUGCUGCCGAGAGACGGAUACUGCACGUGCGAGAACGCCUAACACGUAUGGGAAUCAAAGCGGAGUCACUUGAACCGGAGUGGUGCUACCAGAACGAGGGUUACUGCUAUUAAUUAUCUGUGAUCGUUUAUUGUCUGUAUUUUUAUAAAUAUGGCGGGAAUAACUAAUGUCAACUGUUAAAUUUUAUUUGAUUUGCCAUUUGUCAAUUUAAAUUUUUUGCUUAGACUUUCGUUAUGCCAAUAGCAAUAAUAAUUGUAUUUUUUUAAACUAAUUAUGUGAUUCCCGCCAUAUUUGUAAAACAAUUUUCAAGUCAGGAAUUAUACAUUAAGAUAAUAUAUUUUAUGACAUUCAAUGUUUAAAUUCAAUAUUCGAAAUAAAAUUAGAUCAUGCACUCAUGUAAUUUUAUAGAUUUUUAAACAACAAUACUCACACUUAUUGACGUACAACUUAAAAAUAACAUUUCUAAUGUAUUGCAUGAAGAUUUUUUGCAUAUUUUAAUGUGCUCUUAUAACACGCCUUAUUGGCAUCGGAAUAAAGUUUAAUAUUGAUGUAAAAAUUAAAUAUAUUUUAGAAGCGAAAAGUAUUAAAAUUAUUCGACAUUGUUCUCUAUAAUUCCUUAUGAGAUUAUAUUUUUAUUUAAGUAUUAAAAUUUUAUCGAUGUAUGGAAUAAAUAAUAAUUAUUAUAUUUGUA